GAAUUUGACAUUAAAAAAACUGACGUGUUGUUUGUUGUGUACGCUACGCAUAGAAAACUUAGAUAAAAACUCUAAAUAAAUAACAACGAUUUAGCUACAAAGCAUUUACUCAUUAUUUAGCUAUACCAAGAAGUGUUAACAAUGCUGAAAGCAGUAAUUCUUAUUGGAGGGCCGCAAAAAGGAACCCGCUUCCGCCCCCUCUCUCUGGACACACCAAAGCCACUGUUCCCCAUAGCAGGAUUUCCACUGAUCCAGCAUCAUAUAGAAGCAUGUGCCAAGCUGGAGGCGUGCAAGGAGAUCCUGAUCAUCGGAGCAUACACCACAAACACUAUGGCACAGUUUGUCUCUGAUAUGCAGAAGGAGUAUCAUGUUAUUAUCAGAUACCUGCAAGAGUUCACACCUUUGGGCACAGGUGGUGGUCUGUACCACUUCAGGGAUCAAGUGCGUGCCGGCAAUCCUUCUGCAUUCUUCCUGUUGAACGGAGAUGUCUGCGCUGACUUCCCGCUCAAAGAGUUGUGGCAUUUCCAUGAAGAGAGGUCUAAUGCUUUGGUAACAAUAAUGGGCACUGAAGCGACCCGCCAGCAAUCCGUCCACUACGGUUGCAUGGUACGCGAGGGUAGCACCAAGUCAGUCACCCACUAUGUGGAGAAACCCAACAGUUAUGUGUCCACGCUCAUCAACUGUGGCGUCUAUGUGUGUUCCUUGCAAGUGUUUCAUACUAUGGCGGACUCGUUUCAGAAGAAACAGGAUGUUUUUUAUAGUGGUAACGGCCAGACCAGUGCUCACCCUGGAUACAUGUCAUUUGAGCAAGAUGUGUUGAUGCAGCUCGCAGGAACUAACAAGUUAUAUGCUAUGCAGAUAACAAACUGGUGGUCACAAGUAAAGACAGCGGGCUCGGCUAUCUACGCGAACCGUCACUACUUGGAGCUGCACCGCGACCGCGUGUCUAAGGACAAGCCCUGCACCAUACUGCCCGAUGUUUUUGUACACCCUACUGCCGUUGUUGACUCUACUGCUGUGAUUGGUCCCAACGUGUCCAUUGGUGCGGGAGUGACGAUAAAAGCAGGCGUGAGGAUAAAGGAGUCUAUCGUACUGAACAAUGCUACGGUGCACGAACAUGCACUCGUCAUGUAUUCUGUUGUCGGCCAAGAAGCGUCAGUAGGCGAAUGGUCCCGAGUAGAAGGGACCCCGUCAGACCCUGACCCUAACAAGCCCUUCGCGAAGAUGGAUAACACGCCACUGUUCAACAGCGAUGGCAGGCUCAACCCUUCUAUUACUAUAUUGGGUGCGGGAGUCGUGGUGCCAGCCGAGACCAUCCUUCUAAACUCCAUAGUGUUGCCACACAAACAUCUAUCAAGGAGUUUCAAGCACGAAAUCAUAUUAUAGUUCCUGAACUGGCAACACCGCGCAAGCUUUAAUACAGAUACAAAAUGUUUUGGCUUAGAUAGACUUUUAAUAUAAUAACGAAAUAUUGUGAAGCCUAAGAUUUUAUACAUUUAUAAUUUUUAAAUAUGUAAUUAGCGUUAGUUGUAAAAUAAGAAAUUGAAUGAAAAUAUUUUUAUUUAGUACCAAUUGCUUACAUAAAGCUACUCCAAUUUGUAAUCUCCCAUUCAACAUUGAAGCUUAUACUUGAGAGAUAAGGAUGAAGAUCCAUUGUCGAUAUUUAACAAAUUGUAGUAGCUUGAUAUGCUGCCCUCUUUACAUCACACAGAGUUUAUAUGUAUAACUAAAUUGACACUUACGUUGAACCUACAUUUAUCAGAGCGGAACUAAAAAACAAAUAUUUAGAAUUAUCUACAUCGAAUCUUGUAAUACCUCACACUCUUACCACGUUUAAUCACCCUAUUCGGCUGUUUUAUUAUAUCCCUAGUCGACAGGUGUAAGGCCCAGAGUUGACCUAAUUGGAUUGGACCAGAAAAGUUAUAAAAAACAAUACCUAAAAUUCCGUUCUUAUUCAAAUAUCUUGUCUCUGGCCAGUGAGUAGUAUACCUGAGCGGAGGAAUUCUAUUGGUUAGGGUAUAUCUACACGGUGCAUGUAGCUGCAGCAAGUUAACAUGCGCAAGUGACAAGAGCACGCGGGUGGGUAUUUUGCUUUGGUACAUGCGCGAGUCGCUGGACCCUCGCGUUUUUAAAAUGCAUGUACAUGUAACCUGCGUAUGUGCCUCGACAUGCGCAAGCUACUUGCACCCUGUAGAUGUACCCUUAUUUAUUCUGUGCAAAUUAGUAAUUCUCGUUCUUUAUUAUUUAUUAGGUUUAUGUAUGUAUAUCUUACUGAUAAAAAGUCCCUUAAUUUAUAACACGCGAUACUUUUGGCGUUAUCAUUUCCUUUCAUUAGUAUGUAUCAA